ACAUUCGUGUUGACAUUUCCUUCGUGUGUAAAUGUAGUUGUUCAGCAAUAUCCACAGAAGCAGCUAAAACAGAAGGUGAUGUUUCGGUACUUUCUGCGCUUAUUCCCGGUUCUUCCCGGUUGGAAACAACUCUUCACGCGCAUAAUGAAGAAAAAAUAAUGAAGAAAAGCGAAAGCAGAAGUGUUUCAUUAUUACUCCUUGUGUGAAAGACAGCUUGCGAAACACUAAUGAUCACGAUCGAGUUAUGAUUGUAUUAUAGCUCUGUGUAAUUUGUAGUCAUUAUGGACAUUAAAUGUGUUUAUAUUUCAGUACUCCUGAUGGUCGCUGACGGUACGUAAUGUCACUGUACGCGAGAAUAGCAUCUGAAUUUUGCUUUCUCAUUUUUAACGCAGUUUCUCUCUAUAGGGUUCACUGUGCGCGGUUCAUCUGGUCCUCUGGUCGCUCCUCUGGGAUCUUCAGUGGUUUUGCCCUGUUAUGUUGAUGAACUCUUACUGAUGGAGGGUCUGGAGGUGGAAUGGAGAAGAACAGACCUCACACCUGAACAGGUUUCGUGGAAGAAAAGAGAUGAAGAUGAAGAUAUUCUGGUUCUGCUCUACCAAAACAAACAGACUUUGCCAGAUUCAUCAGAUGAGCAUUACAGAGACAGAGUUGAGUUCUUCACUGCUGAAAUCCUCAAAGGAAACUUCUCUCUCAGACUGAAGGGUGUCAGAGCUGAGGACAGAGGAGUUUACGUGUGUCAAGUGUUUGCUGGAGAACUUUCAGCCAAUGCAGCUGUGGUACUGAAGACACUGGGUUUCUCUUCUUUGCACGUAAUGGUGUUGGUUUUCUGUUUUGCUGCUGGAUCUGGAGCUGUUCUUCUGCUCUGCUGUCUGAUCUACUGCAGAUCAACAAACACAGUCUCCAGCAGCACAAUCUGGAGUCUUCAGCUUUCUCUGGUCUUUUGUCCGAAUAUCUGUAUGUCCUUCGCCUUCAUCUUCUGGCGCUCUUACUGAAGGAUUUCUGCACGAGACCAUUACCUGCUGUGCUCUUUAUAUUCUGAGACCUGUUAUGUUGAUUUGGGCUUUGCCCUGUUUAAACUAUCUUCAAGACAGCAUUAAAACAUGGAUCAAGUUUUUCAAAAUAACAAGAGAAUUUGCUGUCUUUACAGUCAUUCUUCAUUCAGUUAUUUUAAAAUAUGGCUUGAGAAGGCAUGCACAUGAUGCAAACAUCGCUCUUUGCAUUAUGUCUGGAAUAUUCUUUGGCUUUGUUGUGCUGUUGUGUCUCAUCCUAAGUGGAGUUGACUUUAUAAGGCUAACCUGUCAAAAGAUGUCAGGAGGUGUUUUCCCAUGCAACCAAACUCAAGGUCUUUUCCCCCUGUAUAGUUUUCUUUUGUCUUUUUGUCAAUUGUUCCAUUUGAUGUUCUCAUUAGAACUUCCCUCUCCAGCAUUUUUAACCGUGGCAUUUGUUACACAAGUACUGCUCAUCUAUAUACCAUUUAUACCUCUUGUGGAAGCAAAACUGAAUUCUCUCUGUCAAAGAUGGAUAAUGUUAUUGUGGAUCACAACACUCCUGCAUAUCAUCCUCCAGAUUUACUUUCAUCUAGACAUAUUGCAAAAAGAGAAAGAGUAUGUGGAAUGGACCUGCGUCGUUUCUUUUCUUGAAGUUCUCAGGAUGAUGGUGGUUUUUGAAAACAGCGUGCCAGGUCAGACUCAGACACAACGACAUCAGACGAAUCAACAGGAAUCAAAUGCAUUGCAUCUCUGUAAUGAAAUCAUGUACAUGUUUGGAGCAGUUGGUCUUGUUUUGUUGAGCUCUGUUACACUGACUGCAGAACUGAUCCUGAAAGCACGAAACGACGAGCGAGUUUUGAAGGAUCUUAGAUUCAUUGUCUUCCCUUCCGAAGGUGUUUUUGCCUUGUAUUGGCUCGUGUUACAAAUGAAUGCUUACUGGAAGAUUGUUACAACUGAAAACCUCGACGCACAAAGGUGCUCGCAUCAAAAAGAUCAACUCAUGAACUCACCAGAGACUGAGAUGGAGAAUCUGUCCGCACAGUAAAACACAAAACAAAAUAAGACUGAAAACUAAUUUGUGCAGCAGGAGGUUUGGUGACAUUCUGUUACAAAUAACUUGCUUUUUUGUGGCUGUAUUUAAGUUUUGUAUAAUCAAGCAUUCAGAUUGAUGUAUAGCUCAUGUAAAUGUGGCAUGUUUGAAUAUUUAAUAGCAGUGAUGGGAAUAACGGCGUUAUAAAUAACGCGCGUUACUAACGCCGUUACUUUUUUCAGUAACGAGUAAUCAAACGAAUUACUUUUUCUCCCGUUACAACGCCGUU